AUGCCCUUGACGACUCCAUUUCUGCCUCUGACUGUCUCCGCCGCCUCGCUUUCUUCCUCCAAUUCCUCCCACAUCGGCGAGACGCUCGACACCGGCCCCGACAGCGACGAGCCCCAGCUGCGAUUUGAUCUUGAAGCACUGUCUGCCGUAUCUGAAGCCUGCGCGACCACCACAGCUCAGACAGCCACCACCCCGCCCGCCGCCCGCAGCAACAGCAGGCGCCUGACCUUUACCCGCUUUCCUCUCCUGCGAAAGGGCAGCCGCGAGCUCACCCGGGCCACCCAUUUCAGAGGCAGCAGCAUCUCGGCCGCCGCCCCGCCUUCCCGCGCCGACUCACCUUUCCUCUCCACCGGUGCUCCUCGCGCCUCCAGGACCUCGUUUGCGCGUGGCCGUACUGAGCUUCCUUUAUUCGAACCCUCGAGAGCACGCGAGCCCUCCGUCUCCGCCAGUCUUCGCUCCGGCAGCAUCAGCGCAGAGGAACCCGGACCCUACCCAGAUAGGAAGAACACGAGCCUGUCGCAAGCAGCGCAGUUUGCCAAGAUGCAUCAGACCAGCUCGAGGCUGCUGCGUAUGACUGAUGAUGAGCGGCCGUAUACAAGAGUGACCUCGAACAUGGCAUUCAACAUGGAAUAUUCUACUUUCCUGUGCCCCCGACCGCUGCAUCUGGUCAUCUCCCAAAGCAAAUUGCACACGAUCGCGGACUUCAAGGACCUGUUCUCGACCCUGAUGGUGUCCCUCCCUCUCACAGCUCACCGUGUCCGCUUCAGGAUGAUUGACUACACCUUCUCCUCUGACGAGGCCAUUACCAACCUCGGUUCUCUCAAGUUCUCGCAGUCGAAUCGCAUGCCUGACCCCAAGGAUUCAUCACGUGUCGUCACAACCACCACCACCACUACCUUCUCGAUGGCAAAAGAAAUGGCCCGCUCUGUCUGCCAGAAAUUUCUGGAAGCAAAGUUUGUCGAAUCCGUAGAGGGCAAGACCGACUUUACAAACAAGAGCUCUGUGUGGCAGCUAACACCCAAGGGUAUUCACAUCUUGGAGCGCUUCUGCACACGCAAUGGCAUCCAGUCUGCACACGUCAAGGCCGUCAUCGAGUCUAACCGCAAUCCCCACUUGCUAGUUAUCUUGGAACGCAACACAGAAAACGAUAAGCUCCACCACGACGAACAGACCGUCGAGAUUCUUUUCCGCCGAUUCAUCGGUACCACCGCAAACGAGACGGCGUCUGACUCUGACUCAAUACACGAGUUCUCUAAGUGUGACAUCGGCGUGAAGCUGGUCAAGCACCGUCCCACCACUAGCCGCCAGUACGAGUAUACCUUCAACGGCCGCAAUGCUGCACAGUGGCUUAUGGACUGCACUACGAUGGUCGACCCGCGCGAAUCGAUAGAAAUAGGGUCUCUAUUUUUACAGCUCAAGCUCAUUGCACCUGUCGACCCUCGUGUUCCUGAGCACACUUUCCAGCCUGUGAAGCAGGUCCACUACUACGUCACCCCACACGGUGAGCGCGUGGCAGGAUGGAGUCUCGAGGAGAUUCCAUCAAGCGGAGAGGCUGUUGCCGCCAAGACCCGCGACGGCAUGGCUCGUGACUCGAACAGCAACCGAACGAACGUUAUCAUCCGCAACCCCUCAUGGCGCCUUCUCUACCGCGAGUUCCUGAAGGAGACCAUGUGUGAGGAGAACUUGUCGUUCUAUCUCGAGGUUCAGGAAUUCAACAGGCAGUACCGAGCUGCCACCGGUGAUAAGGGUGAUAACAAGGUUGAAACCAUCCGAGAAACCCUUGCAGCCGCUUAUGGGCUGUACAACGCCUUCCUAGCACCUGGGUCACCGAACGAGCUUAACAUCGAUCACGGUCUCCGCACGCAGCUUGCCACAAGGAUGACACGUGCCGUUGGCGACGAUGCCGCGAUGCUCCAGAGCCUUAACGAGGUUGCUACACUGUUUGACAAGGCACAGAACUCGAUCUUCAAGCUCAUGUCUAGUGACUCUGUACCAAAGUUCGUCAAGCACCCGAAGUACGCUCCUCAGCUCCGUGGCCUCGAUGCCGCCGCCGCCUCAUCCUACGCCGCUCUGCCCGCAGGCUCUCGAUGA